AUUGAGAGACAAAUAAAUGUUAUGUAUAUUGUAGAAGCUUAGAAAUUAAAAUUAUGUCAUAUAAGACAUGCCCAAUUUAUUUUCACAUAAAUUAAUUGUUUUCAUUAUAUGUAACAAUUUGUUGUUAAUAACUUCUAGUGAGAAAUUAAAAAAAAACGUAUUGUAUAAUAUUGUCAUGCUAUUAAAAUGAUAAUAGGAGAUUUAAAAUCAAAUUCAAUAUUAAAAAUUUUGAUUCAUAAAAAUUAAUAGUGUGAUGGAAAGUAGAGAUUGGCCUUUAUUCAUAUAUGGUGGUGUGGCAUCCUGUAUUGCUGAAUUUAGCACAUUUCCAAUUGACACGACUAAAACAAGACUCCAGGUUCAAGGACAAUUACUUGAUGGUAAAAAUACUAAAAUUAAGUACCUUGGUAUGGUAGACGCUUUCAGCCAGAUUUAUAAACAAGAAGGAUUUUUUUCAUUAUAUUCUGGAAUAAGCCCUGCAUUAAUUCGACAAUCAACUUAUGGUACAAUUAAGUUUGGUACUUAUUAUACACUAAAACAAGCAACUAAUGAAUAUUUUGGUGUUACUGAAGAUGUAGCGGUAAAUUUUGGUUGUGCUGUUUCUGCUGGUAUAAUUUCAGCUUCCAUAGCAAAUCCUACUGAUGUCCUUAAAGUUAGAUUACAAGCUUUGGGUGAAACACAGAAACCAAAAUGCAACAUCCUAAAGUGUUUUCGUGAUAUUUAUGUUCAAGAAGGAAUAAGAGGUUUAUGGAAGGGAGUUGCUCCUACAUCGCAAAGAGCAGCCAUAAUAGCAGCAGUAGAAUUACCAGUUUAUGAUUAUUGUAAGCACAAAAUGAUGGCAUUAUUUGGGAACAAUAUUUUUAAUCACUUUGUAUCUAGUCUGAUUGCAAGUUUUGGAAGUGCAAUAGCUUCAAAUCCUAUUGAUGUUAUUAGGACUAGAUUAAUGAAUCAAAAACAUUUCAAAAGCAAAAGGAGUAAUUCACACUAUUUGUAUAAAGGAAGUAUUGAUUGUCUAUUAAAGUUUUUUUUUUCAUAUAUUUACUUACAGACAGUUAAAUCAGAAGGAAUAUUUGCUCUAUACAAAGGCUUUGUACCAACAUUUGUAAGAAUGGGUCCAUGGAAUAUAAUUUUUUUUGUAAUUUAUGAAAGAUUAAAAGCAAUUUAGAGUGAAUUUAAUUUGAAUUUUCUGGAAAUUGCAUACAUAGUAGUAUGAAUAGUGUUACUAGUAUUGUAGAGAAUUUUUCUGAUUCCCCAAUCAAUUUUAAAUAAUUUCUUAUAGUUUUUUAAUUUAACUUUUUGUAAGAUAUUUGUUAUCCUACAUUUUGUUAAACUUUAAACUUGUAUAAGCUAUUUUAAUAAAUUAAGUUUUUAUUGUUCUUUUAUUUCUAGUAUUUUUUUUUUUUUAACAGCAUUGUAAAAAUAACUUAAAUAUUAGA